GUAGUUAGCUAAUGUUUUACUCAGUCCACUCACCAAUAUGACAUUUCCUCAGUUUUGGGAUGGCCGGGCCUGGUAACACAUGCCUGCUACUUAGCAAUCAAUUAGGAAGCUGAGGAAGAUCGCCGAGAAUUCAAGGCUAGCCUGGUUUGCAUACCAAGACCUGUCUCAACAAAAGUUUCAUGACUUUUUUUUUCUAAGUCUCCUAUUCGUUUUUGUUGUUGCUUGUUUUUUAACUAUUUGUUCUCUUUAUACCCUAGGCCUUCCGCAAAAAUAAUUGAGCGAAAGCUGUCUGGAGUGGCAGGGGAACUCCAAUAACAAAUACACUUCUAGAAAACGCUAUGGGUCCUUGGGGUUACAGGCAGCCGUCCCUUCUGAAAGCCCCGUGGUGCUUACAUCUCGACGGGUUGGUCUGAUCCCGACCUUAUUCGUUUAAACUAAAAUCCUGGCGGAAUAUAUAUACAUAUAUAUACCCUCACAUCUCUACCGCAGAUCAUGCCGACUCUUGGUUUUGGAGCAGCUUCGACAAGCCAAAAACAUCCCGCCUCCUUUCCCAGAAUGUCCUAUCAGCGAACCCCUAGCGAUGACCGACAGUCUCCGAGGAGCCAAUAAGUUCCGCUUUUCUGAAGAAACCCGCCCAGGCCUUGUGUCGUCACUGGGCAUCAAGGCUGGCACUUCCGCGUAGCCGGGCGGCGGGUACUUGCGUUGAAACGUGACUGUGAGUGACCCCACCUUAAAGGGGAGGGAACCGAAGGGGACCCGAGCCCUUUAAGACUAGGCGGGCUGGGGCCUGCCCCUUUAAGGGCGGGGCGUCCGACGGCAGAAUCUGAGCCCCAGAUUACCUUGAGUUUCCGUCACGGACAGCGAGGAGAAGGUCUUAGUCUGGGUCCGGGUAUUUGGCGGGCGGCGGCGGCCUCAUCCCCGCUCGUCCUCCCCGGGCCCGGAGACACCCCCACCCCAGUCAUGCUGAGCAGAGUAUGGAAGCAGCUGACUACGAAGUGCUAUCCGUGCGAGAGCAGCUGUUCCACGACAGGGUCCGCGAGUGCAUCAUCUCAAUACUUCUGUUUGCAACACUCUACAUUCUCUGCCAUAUAUUCCUGACCCGCUUCAAGAAGCCUGCUGAGUUCACCACAGUGGAUGAUGAAGAUGCCACAGUUAACAAGAUUGCGCUGGAGCUCUGUACCUUUACCCUGGCGGUCGCCCUGGGCGCUGUCCUACUCUUGCCGUUCUCCAUCAUCAGCAACGAGGUGCUUCUCUCGUUGCCACGCAACUACUACAUCCAGUGGCUCAACGGCUCCCUCAUCCAUGGUCUUUGGAACCUCGUUUUCCUCUUCUCCAAUCUGUCCCUCGUCUUCCUUAUGCCCUUUGCGUAUUUCUUCACAGAGUCUGAAGGCUUUGCUGGCUCCAGAAAGGGCGUCCUGGGCCGGGUCUACGAGACAGUGGUGAUGUUGAUACUCCUCACUCUGCUUGUGCUGGGCAUGGUGUGGGUAGCAUCUGCCAUUGUAGACAAUGACAAGGCCAGCAGGGAGUCACUCUAUGACUUCUGGGAGUACUACCUCCCUUAUCUCUACUCCUGUAUCUCCUUCCUCGGAGUUCUGCUGCUUCUGGUGUGCACUCCUCUAGGUCUCGCCCGCAUGUUCUCCGUCACUGGGAAGUUGCUGGUCAAGCCCCGGCUACUGGAAGACCUGGAAGAACAGCUGAACUGCUCAGCCUUUGAGGAGGCAGCUCUGACUCGAAGAAUCUGCAAUCCCACCUCCUGCUGGCUGCCUCUGGACAUGGAGCUGCUGCAUCGACAGGUCCUGGCUCUGCAGGCACAGAGGGUCCUCUUGGAGAAGCGGCGGAAAGCGUCAGCCUGGCAGCGGAACCUGGGCUACCCUCUGGCCAUGCUGUGCCUGCUGGUGCUGACGGGCCUGUCUGUGCUGAUUGUGGCUGUUCACAUCCUGGAGCUGCUCAUCGACGAGGCUGCCAUGCCACGGGGCAUGCAGGAUGCUGCCCUGGGCCAGGUCUCCUUCUCCAAACUGGGAUCCUUCGGCGCCAUCAUCCAGGUCGUGUUGAUCUUUUACCUGAUGGUGUCCUCGGUGGUGGGUUUCUACAGCUCUCCACUCUUCGGAAGCCUGAGGCCUAGGUGGCACGACACAUCUAUGACACAGAUCAUCGGGAACUGUGUCUGCCUCCUGGUCCUCAGCUCAGCACUUCCUGUCUUCUCUAGAACCCUUGGGCUGACACACUUUGACCUGCUGGGUGACUUUGGACGCUUCAACUGGCUAGGCAAUUUCUACAUCGUGUUCCUCUACAAUGCAGCCUUUGCCGGCCUCACCACACUCUGCCUGGUGAAGACCUUCACUGCAGCUGUGAGGGCAGAGCUGAUUCGAGCCUUUGGGCUGGACAGACUGCCACUGCCUGUCUCUGGUUUCCCCCGGGCUUCUAGGAAGAAACAGCAUCAAUGAGCUCUAGCUAGGGGUUGAGAAGGAGAAAACUGGGCACUACCUAGGUCUGGAGGCAAGCCCUAGGUGGCUGGGCCUCAGGACCUGGAAUCUGAGAGAGUGGGUGACAGAGGGGACAGACCAUCUGCACUGUUGCUUAAUCUGAGCCAGAGUUUGGGACCUGACCGGCCUCCUGCCUUUUCAGAUGUAGCUGUGGCCUGAGCGUCCAGUGGAGCUGGGGGACUCGCUCUAGUUCCUGGUCUCAAAUACGUUUACACAUCUAUCUGCCUCAAUUCUGUUCCAGGCCAUGCCUGAAGCCAUGUUUACAUGAUUUGAUGUGCAAUAGGGUGGGUGGGAGUUGGGGGGACUGGGCCAGGGGUAGGUUCUGGACACAGGUCGUCUUCCUUGCCUCUGGCCUAGAAGAGCCGAAGCACUGUGCUAUCCUGUGGAGGGCUUUGGACCACUGGAGAGACCAAGGGUGCUGGGAGGGGGGGGGCUGCACCCAUCAGCAAUAAAGUUGAUCCCAGGGUUUUCUUGGUUCUUUUGUAAAGAGCCUGUCUCUG